GGCCCCUUUAGGCGCAAGUGCUCAAGUGUUUUUGAAGAUACAAAAGAAUAUAUACAAGUAUCCGGGAGAUACGAAAGCACGGUUCGUCGUGUAUCUGCCCCACCUAGGAAACCCAUCCUAGGCUGCUCAUCCUACUGGAACGCAAUUAAUUAUCGCGGAAGAAGAGCGUUUUGCAGUGCAAGAAAGCGGAACAUCGAAACCGAAUUGAAUUGCAAUUGUAAUUGCAGAGUGUUGCCGAGCCAAGCCAAUUUGUAGUGACGGUGUUAAAGUAAAGUACUUUUUGGGAAUUUUAAGUAGGCCUUGUGGUCGUAUUGGAAUUCACACGAAUCUCAAGUACUCGCCUACAGUUCAUGGGUUCCGUCGCAGCGCUGAUAAUACAAUAAUUACUUCGUUUUCGUUUUCGUUUUCCGAUUUCGAAUUUCGCUGGCGCGGUUAAAUAUUUACCCAAUAGUACGAGUGUGAGUUUUUAGUGAAAAAGUGCAUAAAUUACUGGCGUUUCAACGCUCACAGGGUGAAGCACAACCAAAUUUAUAAAUUACCUGCCAGUUGGAUAUUAAUUUUUUGUGUUUCGAUAGCUUUAAGUGCUGGGCGACUGCCACUUUAACUGCCAGUAACGGAUGUCCUGAUUUUGCUUUGCCCACAGACCGACGCAGGAGCAGCCGUAUACACAAUUAGCCACAGUGGAUGGGUCGUCGUAGAUUGAAAAGGCUCCGAAAAGUUCCGACCCGCACACGGAAACCGCAAAGGCACUCGGCGAAUUCUUCCUGGGGCGAGGACCCCGAAAAACACGCGUCAAGCAAACACAGCCCCAAAUGUCCGACACAAUAUCCUUCGAGUUGGGCUCCGCCGCCGACCGGCCGCCGAACAGGUUCCAAGUGAACCCGGUGAACGGCAGCAGUCGCAAGUCACAGGCCCAGGACCUCCCAGGCUCGGGAUCUGGAGUGGGAACAGGAACAGCAGGAGGAGGAGGAGGAGGAGGGAGAGGCGGAGGGGCAGGAGCGGAGGACGAUGGACCGCACGAGGUAUACCGCCGACUCACAAACGCCGAGGGCGAGCUGCUCGAGGACGACACAUUUGAUGCGACACAAAUGCUCAACCAACACCAGCCGAGGCAGCAGAGGCAAUCCAUCAAAAGCAGUUUCCGCGACAAGGAUAAGCCGUCGAGGUUCAAGGAUCUGCAGACGACAACCCGCUUUCAGGUGGACCCCCAGAAUGAGGAGUCCGACGAGUCGAACGACUCGCAGGAGGAGCGGGAGCUCCUGGACAACGAGUACGACACAAAAUAUGGUAAAAGUUUCCGGCACUUCACUCGAGAGGCACUACCUCGCUUGGACAACUACCGCAACAUGAUGUCCAUCCAGGCGGCCUACCGUCCAACGCUCGACGAGCUGCACAACGCGACGCUGACGGGCAAGAACACGCACAGCUUGACGCGUAAUCAGGACCCGGAGUCGGGCAUCAUGAACGGGGUCCUGAAGUUCGGCUGGAUCAAAGGUGUGCUCGUCCGCUGCCUGCUGAACAUCUGGGGCGUGAUGCUCUUCCUGCGCCUCAGCUGGGUGGUGGGUCAGGCGGGCAUCAUCGAGGGAUUCGUAUUAAUACUGACAACCACGGCUGUCACGACCAUCACGGCCUUGUCGAUGUCGGCGAUAAGCACUAAUGGUGUCAUCAAAGGAGGUGGCACCUACUACAUGAUAUCCCGGUCUCUGGGGCCGGAGUUUGGCGGCUCCAUUGGUUUGAUUUUCUCCCUCGCAAAUGCGGUCGCGUGUGCCAUGUACGUGGUUGGCUUCUGUGAAUCCAUGUUGGCCAUGAUGACGACCUUCGGCUGGGAAAUCGUGGAUGGAGGAGUGCAGGACGUACGAAUCAUAGGUUGUAUCACCAUCCUGCUGCUCCUAAUCAUUGUGGUCGUCGGCAUGGAAUGGGAGGCCAAGGCGCAAAUCGGACUACUCAUCAUCCUGCUGGUGGCCAUCGCUGACUUUGUCAUCGGCAGCUUUAUCGGACCAAAAAGCGAUGUGGAACUGGCCAAGGGCUUCCUGGGCUAUAAUGCCACGUUGUUCAAAAAUAAUUUAUUUGCGGACUAUCGCCAGGAAAAGGGAGGCAUUCAGCAUGAUUUCUUCUCAGUAUUUGCCAUUUUCUUCCCCGCGGCAACGGGAAUUUUGGCGGGAGCUAAUAUCUCUGGAGAUCUAAAGGACCCCUCAAAGUCCAUUCCUAAGGGCACAAUUCUGGCCAUUGUCAUCACCACCGGAACCUACUUGAUAAUGGUCCUGCAAUGCGGAGCUACAGUGGCUCGUGAUGCCACCGGUAAUGUCUCCGAUAUAGUUAAUGGCUCCUUUGCAUUCCUCGACUGCCAGCCUGGUGAAUGCAAUUAUGGACUGCAGAACUCCUUCCAAGUGAUUGAGUUGGUUUCCGGCUUUGGUCCUCUCAUUUACGCAGGCUGCUACGCCGCCACUCUCUCCUCCGCAUUGGCUUCAUUGGUUUCCGCCCCGAAGGUCUUCCAGGCUCUGUGCAAGGAUGAGCUGUAUCCGAAGAUUGUGUGGUUCGCCAAGGGUUUCGGCAAGAACAAUGAGCCUGUCCGUGGAUAUGUGCUAACCUUCAUCAUCGCCUGCGCAUUCAUAUUAAUUGGCGAGCUGAACCUGAUUGCCCCGCUCAUUUCGAACUUUUUCCUGGCCGCCUACAUGUUGAUCAACUUCAGUACCUUCCAUGCGAGUCUGGCCAAGCCGGUGGGCUGGCGACCGACCUUUAAGUAUUACAACAUGUGGCUGAGUCUGUUGGGCGCCAUCCUCUGCGUGGCCGUCAUGUUCCUCAUCUCGUGGGCCACGGCACUCAUCACGUUUGCCGCCGUGCUGGCUCUGUACUUAAUUGUGGCCUACCGGAAGCCGGAUGUCAACUGGGGCUCCACCACCCAGGCUCAGACGUACAAGAACGCCUUGAUGUCGGUGCAGCAGCUGAACAAUGUGGAGGAGCACGUGAAGAACUACAGGCCGCAGAUCCUGGUUCUUUCCGGUUUGCCAAACACUCGACCUGUUCUUGUUGACCUGGCCUAUAUGCUCACCAAGAAUUUAUCCCUGCUCGUUUGUGGUCAUGUCCUUCGGGGAUCGAGUUCCCAGAAGUAUAGAACGUAUCUGCAGGAAAGGGCGGCCAAUUGGUUCCGGAAGCACCGAGUUAAGGGCUUCUAUGCCUUGGUGGAUGGCGAGGACUUCGAAUCGGGCACCAGGGCCUUGAUGCAGGCCUCGGGAAUUGGCAAACUAAAGCCAAACAUUAUCCUGAUGGGCUACAAGACUGACUGGCAGACCUGCGAUCACAAGGAGCUCGAUCAGUACUUCAAUGUGAUGCACAAGGCGCUGGACAUGUAUCUUUCGGUGGCUAUCUUGAGGGUUCCCCAGGGUCUGGACUGUUCGCAAGUGUUGGGCUCCCAGGAUGGUUGGAAGACGGCCACCGAUGUUCCCAGGACCCUUCAGCCGAACGAGAGUUCCGGCGAUUUGCAGGCCGUGGACAGCAGUGCCCGAAAUGGUUUGGGUGGCAGCAUCGACUCCCUGAGCCGAAAUGUGUCGCAAGAGGACCGAAACCGCAACCAGUUGGUCCACAGCGAGCAGAACAGCCUGAAGAUAGUCAAAUUGCGAUUCAGGCAGAGCCUGCGGAGAAUGCGAUCUUGGCCAGGUGCAGCGUCCAGUACGAGUGACCUUUCGUUCAUUGCGGGCAAUCAGUCGAAGGAUGUUUCCGGCAUGCCAGAUCCUUUGGACGCCAAGUCGGCCAAUCUUGUGACCAAUUCGCUGCGCAAAUCGAAGCUGAAGCAUGAUGACCCGGCCUCCCUGUACAAAGGUCCUGGCGGCGCGGAGCUGCCCAAAGAGGUCCUGGCGGACCUUACCCAAUUCACUAGGAAGCGCAGCCACGCCGUCAUCGAUGUCUGGUGGCUUUACGACGAUGGUGGCCUCACACUCCUGCUGCCCUACAUCAUCAGCACCCGACGCACCUGGCAAUCCUGCAAAUUGAGGGUUUAUGCUCUGGCUAACAAGAAGGCGGAGCUGGAGUUUGAACAGCGCUCGAUGGCCAGUUUGCUCUCCAAGUUUCGGAUUGACUACUCGGAUCUGACGUUGAUUCCUGACAUCACAAAGAAGCCACUGGAGUCUUCUACGCAAUUUUUCAACGAGCUCAUCAAGGACUUUGUGGUCACUGAAAAGGAUGGCGAGAACGGCAACAGCAGCAGGGCGACCCUCAAUGAGGAUGAUGCACUCAUAACGGACGACGACCUGCUGGCGGUGCAGGACAAGACGAACCGGUACCUCCGCCUGCGCGAGUACCUGCGGGAGCAGUCGACCAAGUCAGACUUGGUGGUGAUGACCCUGCCGAUGCCCCGCAAGAACAUCGUCUCGGCGCCACUGUACAUGGCCUGGCUGGAGAGCCUCAGUAGGGACAUGCCGCCGUUCCUCUUCGUGCGCGGCAACCAGACGAGCGUUCUGACCUUCUACUCGUAGGAGCGCAGGAGUGGAGAAGCCACAGAAGCCGCAGGCCAGAUCAGAUCUAUUGUAUUCUACUUACACCUACCUACCGACACUCAAACUCACCGUUAUUGUUUAGGCGAACGAGUAUUUUAUCUCUUAGAAGUACCACCCAUGUACAUAAAUUUAGGGACACCCACGGAACGCACAGAGGCACUGGCACCAGCGGACGAAUCGUGGGACGGGAGCUAUCUGAUGGCCCACUGAGCUGUUUCAUAUUAUUUAACGAGCGGGCUGCCCUCCCCGGUUCGCCUCCGCGUCGUCAAUAUAAACAUUUGUCCUAGCUAUCGAGUUAAAUCGUAUUUAAAUACAGUGCAAAUAAUUUUUAAA